GCUGUGUGAAACUGCGAGUACGUCGAUGGUGUGCACGUAUUCGUUGAAUUGUAGUUUUUCAGCAGGAAUUGAAACUAUUUGCAUUGAAAAACUUUGCCUCUGGCGGGUUAUUCUAAUUUUUCCGUUCUAAAAUGGUGCAAAAAAAGAUACAUCAUCCGGAAAUGCGUACGACGUAUCUCAUAAAACCUGGGCAGACGCUCGAGGCUACCAAAGUUUCCGAAAGAACUCGGGCGUUAGUAGUGACGAAGGAUACCUUUCAGCGUUUCACGGAUUUUACUACGGAGGAGGAUAAAAUAGUAGCCCAACGAGAAAAGGAAGCUGCAAAAGUAGCAGCACUGAAAAAAGCGACUUACGAGAAAAGUAAAACGUGGGACAUCACAAUAGAAAACAUUACGGCAAGACGGCGGGAAGAAUUAUUGUCAAAGAAGCAAAAGGCCGAGGAGGAGAGGAGAACGUUCGUGAAGGAAAUGACGGAGAAAAAGUUGGCGGAGCGUGCAGAGGUGGUGCAGCAAGCAAGGAAAUUGCUCCAGCAAAAGAGGCCUUUGUGCCGACAGAUUAAUCGCGCUCUCCUCGUCUCCGAGUGUCUCAGGGAGCUGGACGCCCAAGUGGCGUUUCAAAUGGUUACUAGAGCGAUGGACAAGGAACACGAUGUGAGAUAUGCUAAUUCGAUUAAGACAGACGCCGCGAAAUACGAGGAGCUGAAGAGACAAGAAGCGGAGGAACGUGCGAGAAAAACGGGAGAUUACAGGACUGCAUUGAAGAAACAGAUCGAAGAGAACGAACGAGACAAUAAGCUGAAAGUAACGAAGGAAUUGGAGGCUGAAAAACAGGAUCAAAGAAAUGCGAUCCGAGAUAUGCAACUCACGAAAGAGAAAGAGAGGCAAGAUAUAUUGAACAAAAAGAAGAGACUUCAGCAAUUUUUCAAGGAAGCGAUAGAGGAGAAGAAACGAUUUGAACUGGAAUUGAAGCGCAAUGAGGAAUUAGAUGAUCGAGCAUUAGAAGUUUAUCGGGAGGCUAAACAUGGAAUACAGAAAGCUCAUAAAUCGUUAGCGCUGAAGGAAAAGGAAGAGAAAGCGCGUCAGAUGCAGAUUAUAGCGGAGCAACGCGUUUCGACGGAGCAAACUCGCGAGGCUAAAGAGCGAGACAUCCUGGAAAAAGCUGUCGAAGAAAAAGAGGCAGCUGAGGUGGAAAAGCAAAAAGCGCAAAAGGAACGAGAAGAGAAGAUGCGCGCUCUCGUGGUGGAAUAUAGGCUUCAUGACGCAGCAGUGAAGACGAGGCAAAGACAAGAGGAGAAGGAUCUGAGAGCUUGGGAGAUGAUGCAGAGAUUUAAGAGAAAUGAGUAUGACAAGCAGACCGACUUAGAAGAACGCAGGCAACAGUGGCAACAAAAAUUGGAAUAUGGCAACGAAUUGCGGAAAGAUAUCGAAGGGAUGACAAGAAGAGUCGAUGACAAACGCGAAAAGGGAGUUCUGGAAGUCGAAGCGACUAAAGCCGCGAUCGAGAGAGCCAACCGAAGGAUUUUGCUUUACAGCGACGAAGUGUUAGAAGAGUCCCGGGGUGUGAGACCGCUUUACCCGAUCAUGAAAGCUACAGAGGCAAUUAAAAGGGAAAUGGGGUUAACGUCGAACAAGAAGAAACUCGAGGAGUCGGCCAUUAAAGCUGAACGGCCGAGGAGAAAAUACAGGGGCCGUCGCUGCAUGUGCCCGAAACCUGUUCCGGUUGAUCAAAUAUAUUAUUUGCAGUAAACUGCCGUUUGCAAUAAAGAGCGUUAAUUUGUAAGUCGUCCGCAAUUACCACUCAUCCGUCCGGUCAUUACGUCAUUUAUUCGAGACGUUACCGAGUUAUUUUCACAUUGCACCGUCCAGCCUCGGGCGUUUCGAUUCACGCAAAAAUCGGAUCGUUGGAAACAAAGUUGUCCGUGUCAAGACGUGAUAUUUACCAGCAAUUUACGAACAAAGAAAUCGCCAAAUUGUGAAAGUUCGAGGACUCUCACGGCUUAUUACAGUGGGCACUCGUUACACAUAUCGAAAUAUUAUACUCCUUUCCCGAGCAAUUAAAUAAGUUGGCUGGAACAGGUUUCUCGGGAACACGUUUUGUCUCACGUGCACGUUCAAUUAACAAAAUACAUAAAUUAACAUGAACAUAUUGUGACAUUAUUUCUGUAAUACAGCAUGCAGUUUAAAAUACGAAAUAAUUUCUCAUAACAAUUAUAAAAUAUGAUACGUCGCAUAAACAAUAUAUAAAUGUAUCAAAUCCUUGUACUAGAAUAAAUCUGUCCGGAAAUAGCAAGCAAUCUCUG